GCGUAUCAGUGGAAUAAACUAUUUCCCGGAUAACAUCUAAUAAACACGGAAACCAUGGUGUGAUACCUUAACCGACCACUUCCGGUUGCGAAAGGCUGAAAAAGCUGUUUCUUUUCUACAGACAGUACAGAUGGUUGAAAUGAACUGUCAAACAUCCACCCCAAAGGAUGUAAUGACCAGUAUUCCUGCUACGACCGAAAUUAACACACGCGAUCCAUUUGGACCAUCGGAUACGCCAAUGGAAAAACCUAAAAUAUACUGCGAAUCGCCCGGACCAAUCUCGAACGGCUGGAUCGAUACUACGGAAAAUCUUCCUUUAAAAAUGUCACCGGUAGGCAGAUCAAUCCUUUAUCGUUGCAACAAAAACACGAAGCUUAUUGGUGCUUCCUCUGCCACUUGCGAAAAAGGCGGAAAUUGGAGUAAAAGUCCACCAGAAUGUUUAUCGCCUUGCAUCGUACCCGUGGUAGAAUAUGGCGUCGUGCGAAACGAGUCUUCUGGAUCAACUUUAUCUCACGGAGAGAAGUUAACCUUCGAUUGCAUUAAUUCAUACCAGCCGGCUCAUGGAUUGAUCACCUCCAUUUGCAAUAACGGAACGUGGAAUGUCAUUCCUCGAUGCGAACCAGACCACAUGAUUACAGCCCCUAAAGGAAAUUGUGACAUGCCGGAAAUACCGAACGGAAUGUUCGUUCAAAUUGAUGGAAGGAACGUGACCAAUAACCAAGCCUACGUCACUGGAACUGAAAUCUUUUAUAAAUGUACUGAUCCUAAUAAACGACUAAUCGAUAACUCAGAUUUAGAAGUGGAGCAUUCACGUCGUGUCUGCGAUACGGCAACACGAAGCUGGAAAGGAAGUCUGUUAAAAUGCGAGGCAACGUGUGGAUCCUUGAUCCACCUCAUCCGGCUUAAGCAGUUAGCUGAUGAUGAACCAGAAUUACGUAACGUCACGUUCGACGGAGCAGUUUUAGUCGGUGAACGCUACAAAGUUGGGACCAACGCAUUAGUAUAUUGCAAGCCAACAGAAAAUGUUGUUCACCCAACGGCCACUUCGAAUAUUGGCAUCAUGGCGGUUUGCCAAUCUAACGGGACGUGGGGGGGAGGUUUUCCUAUUUGUGGUCCACCGGUAGCAGGUCGCUUGAAGUUAUUGACAUUUUAUAUCAUCCUGGCUUCGUCCGUCGCGGGUUUAAUUUUCUGUUUGAUUUUAAUCUUGAUUUGCAACAAGUACGGAUAUCUCAAUCGGACUUCUCCCGAUGUUAGCAACCACAACAGCAAUAAUGAAAACAGCAACGAUGCACAAGGAAUGCGGGCUGAACUACUUCGUCAAAUCGGACGGCAAAGUUUCUAUUCGUUGGACGAGACUCCCGCUAGUGGCGACCGCGGAUACGCUACGAUUCACCGACCAGGAACACUUAGGAGACAGUCGGCCUUGAUUGUUCACUAUGGAAAAGACAGACCUACCAGUCAAUAUGGCAAGCUGGGUUAGUAAUAUUCAAUUCUGCCAUUACCGUUCCAAGUUAUAAACUAAUCAAACUGAACUAAAAACAUGUUAAACAAACGUGAGUGCUGCUUGUGAGGAAAGUUGCCGGUAAACAACGAAAGAAAAAAGAACACGCACGUAGCACAGACAUUUUAAUCGAAUUUGUGGAAUAUCUAUUUUACAUCGAUAAAGUACGACGUGGCAGAUUUCCUGCGCACAGGCUACGAAAUAGAUUUUGUUCUUGCAACCAUA